AUGGCUGCGAGUCAGGAUGCAGGCGGGUCUGAUCGCGAGCGCUCCGAGUCGCCCAUCUUCGUCAGCAUCGUGCCGGCGCGCAAGCGCACGCGCAAUGCGACGCAGGCCGCCGGGCAGCAGCAGGAGCAGCAGCAGCACGCAGCGCUCAAGGAAGAGACGAGCAGCCCAGUGAAGCGCACGGCGCCGGCGUCAGCCGUGCCGCCCGUGCCCGCGCCCUCGUCGGCUCCUGCUGCGCCGGCCUCGCCCGCGUCUCCAGAGCUGGCGACGCCGUCAGCGCUUGUGCCCUCUGCAGCGGCCACGGCCGCCUCCGCAGCAUCGGCGUCCGCAGCAGCAGCGCCAGCAGCAGCACCGGCGUCGACAUCAGCUGCGCCUGCGCUCGUCCCGGCUGUGCCGGACGCUCCCGCUGCCGCUCCGCUCUCUGCCCAACCUGCGCUCGCCUCGGCUGCGCCGGACACGCGCGCAGCGCCUGCGCAGCCCUCUGCCGUCGCUUCCGCACCGGCAGCAGGAACGUCGGCUGCGCCAUCAGCGUCGCCAGCACCGGCAGCACGGAGGACAAACAUGCGCUCGCUCUCGCCCGCCUCGAUGGCUGCACUGCCGAUGCCGGGCCCGAGCGACGGCGCGCUGCCAAUUGCGGCGCUGCAGCAGCUCAAGGACGUCCAUCUUCUCACGCGCGCGAAGUACCUGCGCGCCGUGCUCGACACGAUGCUCUCUGCGCGCGCGGAUGGCGUCGUCAUCAACGAGCGCUUCCUCGGUGACUGCAUCUCCGCGCACCAGAAGAUCAUUGACACGCUGAAGCUGCAAGCCGCGCGUCAGCAGACCGCCUCUGCCGCCGCCGCUGCUGCGCAGGCAUCGCGCUCGUCGCCGGUCCGCGCUGCAGUCCAGCCUCCGCAGCCCUCUGCGGCAGACAGCGCUGCCGCCGCAGCACCGCCAGCAGCGGACGGCGCUGCUGAUCGCUCUCCGCAGGGCGCAGCGGCGGACAGCACUAUGACGCCACCUCUGCAGCGCUCGCCCUCGCCGCCGCUCCGCGCCGUCGCUCCGCCUGCGCAGCCCUCUGCUGUCGCUUCGCCUGCGCAGCCCGCUGCUGUCGCUCCGCCUGUGCAGCCCUCUGCCGUGGCUCCGCCAGCGCAGGUCUCUGCUGUCGCUUCGCCUGCGCAGCCCGCUGCUGUCGCUCCGCCUGCGCAGCCCUCUGCCGUGACUCCGCCAGCGCAGGUCUCUGCUGUCGCUUCGCCUGCGCAGCCCGCUGCUGUCGCUCCGCCUGCGCAGGCCUCGACCUCAUCGGUGGUCUUCGCUACCCGCGCGCCGCUGGCUGGCAGCUCGCUGCCGGCAGCGCAGGGAUCGCCGUCCGCAGCGCCGCCAGCACAGCCUGCACAGCCUGCACAGCCUACACAGGCCGCUGCACACGCCGUCGCGCAGCUGCCGCCGCAGAAUGCGGCAGCGGUAGCCGGGCCCUCUUCGGCGCAGCGCACCUUUGAGGAGAUGAGCAGGCAGGUCCGUCUCCAGCUGCAGGCGCAGUACGACGCCCUGCACGGACGACCGCAGCCGCAGCCGCAGCCGCAGCCGCAGCCGCAGCCGAAGAUGCCGCAGCAGCAGCACUCGCAGCAGCAGCACCCGCAGCAGCAGCGCCAUCAGCAGCAGCACGACCAGCAGCAGUACGUCGCGCCUGCUUUUCCGCCCGGCUUCCCGGUGCCGCCGUCUGUCUUCCCGACGUCGCUGCCGCCGCAGCAGCAGCGGCAGCAGCAGCAGCAGCAGCAGCAGCAACAGCGGCCGUCGGGCUUCCCGCCUGGCUUCUCGUCGGCGCUGCCGUCUGUCAUGUCGCCGCAGCAGCACUCGCCGCAAGCCACGAGCUUCUUGCCGUCGCAGCACAUGCCUCCUCGACAUCCGCCGCCGCUGCCGCAGCGACAGCAGCAGCAGCAAGCAGCGCCCCCAGCGCACACAUCCUCCGGCUUCCCUCAGCCGCAGCACUCGCCACAAGCGACCAGCUUCUCGCCUUCGCAGCAGCAACCGCCGCACGGGACCUUCCCGCCGCCGCCGCAUCAGCAGUCGUCGUCAGAGUCGCAUCUGCAUGCUCGUCACGAGUCCCAGGCGCGCGAGCAGGUCUUUGCGCCUCGCUACCUGCCAGCGUCGCUCGCAGCUGCGGAGCAGGCCUGGGCAGCAGCAAGCAGCACGCCGUCGUCGGCGUUGUCAUACGAGACGCCGCAGCAAGAGGCUCUGCGGCAGGCUGCUACACGCGGCAUUGCGCGUCUCGUCGGUGGCUCGAGUGCGCUUCUGCUGCUCGACCGCGACUCGCAGGAGCACCGCCACGCUCUGAAGAAUCACGCGUCGCAGAUCCGCGCCCUCGUCAACGCAGAGACGGCGCGGCAGAAGGCAGAUGCCGAGGCGGCGCGGCAGAAAGCAGAGGCUGCAGCGCCAAAGACAGGAGAGAGCGCAGCGCCAAGCGCAGUAGCAAGCGCAGCAGCGUAUUCGGCGUCAAGGGCAGCUUCGAGCGCAGCGGCAGAAGCAGCAUCCGACGCAGCUAAGGCGCGCCAGCUUGGCGAGAGCGCCGCAACAGACGCAGCUAAGGCGCGGCAGGUCGGCGAGAGCGCCGCAACAGAAGCAAAGAGAGCGCUGCACGCGCUGAGGGACCUCGACUACCAUCCCGUCGUGCAGGCGCUGAAGCAGGAGAACGCGUCGCUGCGCAAGAUCAUCGACGCGCUCGUGACGCGCGUCGACGCUCUCGAGAGUGCGCCGCAGGCUGCAGCCGCCUCGGAACCGGCCGCGCCGCCGCCACCGCCGCCGCCGCCGCCGACGACGACAUUAGUGGCUAGCCCCAGCGACGUGCAGCGCCAGAGCCGCAGCACGUCGCUGAGCAGCGCCGCUCCCGCCACAUCUGUGUCGGAGAAGCGCGCGCGCGAGUCCUCUCCUGCGCAGUCCGGCUCGGAGGAGGAGCUGGCGCCGCGUAGCGCCAGCGCACGAGGCUCGCACCGCACCAAGAGACUGCGCCUCCAGCCCCUAGAGAGCGACGACGACGACGACGAGAUCAACGACGACGGCAAUGAUGCUCCGCCAGAGCCACGACGCCUCUCCAUCGAGCCCAACAGCGGCUUGAGCAGCGUCGACACCGUGGAGGUGCCGACACUGCGCGCUUCCGCCUCGCGCGCCUCUGUCUCGCGCGCGUCGUCCUCGUCGUCGCGCACAAAGACUCCUUCACGAAACGUGAUGCGGCCCAGAUCGCAGUGGCGGGACUGA